AUGGAUGUUCUGAUCCUCCUCCUGCUCCUGCUGCUGGCUUUCGGGGUCGUCUUGGCUGUGCAGUCAGCAGCAGCAGCACAGGUUCCGGUGACACCUGCCACUCCGCUGUUGGUUCUGGGCUGUCCCCGUGGCUGGGUUGGCUGUAAUGGGGUCUGCUACUAUUUCUCAAAGAAUUACAGCAGCUGGGAGCAGGCUGAGGAACGGUGCUCGGAGCUCGGGGCCUCCCUGGCCAUUCUGAAGGAUGAGGAGGAAAUGGGUUUGCUCUUCCGCCUCCGCGGGAACGGCGAUUACUGGCUCGGGCUGCGCAGACGGGGCGAGCGCCUGCACUGGGGGGACGGCAGCAGCUACAGCUCCCGGGUUCCUGUCCUCGGCAAUUCCGACUGUGUGUACCUGGGUGAUGGGGAGAGAUUCAGGAGUGAGAACUGCUCAAAGGAGCGGCCGUAUGUCUGCAGCAAGGCCCAGGCUCCCCUGUAACAGGGGCUGCAGAAAGGACCUUCUCCACGCUGGGCAGUGCCAGCUUCACCUCUCAGCCCAGCCCAGGGCUGUCCUUGCUCAGCUGCACCCUGUGCCUUGCCCUCGCUCUCAGGGUCACCUCAGUGCCUCUUCAUCCAUGCCCAGUGCCAGCGCUGGGCUGGGUGUGCAAAGGAAAAGGCUCUGCAAUCCAUCCUGCCCCCGAUGCUGCCUGGACUGACGGGAUUGCCCUCAGCACACAACAAGCUCCAAUGGGAAAUCCAAAUCGCGCUGGGCUCUUGGAAAUCAUCAUGAACUGGCUUGAAUGUGACACAUUUGGACUGUCCUUGGAAGAGGAAGAACAGCUGACAUGUGCUGAGAAGGAAUCCCACUUUCGGCAUCAGGCCCCUGACAGUGAAGAAGGGUCUGUCAGCUGCUGGCUCUUUGUCUGUGUCCCAUUUGGAGGAGGAUUGUCAGAGCCACUGCUCGGGGAAGGGAAUUCGCUGCCUUGGCCAUAACCCAGCCCAGAGCUGCUUCCCUGCUGUGGGGCGAGCCCGUGCUUGUGAGAGCAGCCCCUGCACGGGGCCCUCAUUGUCACCGUCAGUGGCAGUGAGCCCUGUCCCCCCUGCUCGGGCUCCCGGGAUCCUGAGUUCGCCUCUCCCUGCCCCGCUCGGACCCGGCUGCCGCUGCCCCGGCCCCGCUGCCUCGGGCACUGCCCUGAGCUUUCGCUGCUCUGUAGCCACGAGCAAUGGAGUGGAAAAUAAUUUAAAAAAUUUGAUAGCAAGUUCACAUAGUCUUGUGUAUCUGUAUGCAAAUAUUGAGAUCAUAUGUGUUCAUUUAGGAAAGCUAUGGAAUAGAGAUGAUAUUGUUGAGAGAGAGAUUGAAUUAGAAAUAUGCUUGGUAUGUUUUAAAAGAUGGCUUUCUAAAAAUAGUAGAUAUUUUAGUGCAUUGGAACUAUGAAAGAUGCUCUGUAAUAGGACCACAGGAGGUACAAAUAGAGGUGAUUGGUGUUCAAGUAAUACCAGUAUUGUGUGGUAAAAGCUAAUAGAUUGAAAAGCAUUCAUGUGGUGUUGUAAUUAGGAAAUCAGUUAGCUUUUAAUAGAAUAAUGUUGAGUUUUAUAUUUCGUAUCUUUCAUUCUUUAUUGAGACUGAUAACUAAAUAUAAUCUUUUUAAAUUCUUCUCAGUUACCCCGUCUUGAUAGAAAUGAAAAAAAUAACAAAAUUGUGCUUCCGAUAUAAAAAACCCAAUAACUCAACUAUCUAUCAAGCAGUUAAAAAACCUCUAAAUACUUUUUGUUCAGUGCUACUACAAAGAAAUGAGACCUGAAAGAAUUAGUUCACAAAACAAAACCAGUCAAGACUCCUACCUUUGUCACUAGCUCCACUCAAACAGAAAUCAAUACUAUCUCCUAUUUCACAACAUCAAGCAAGCUUUAAAAAACAUAUCCAAGCAACCCAAAGACAUUUAAAAAGCCUUAAAGCUCUAAUCAAAUCAAAUUCUUAUAUUUAAUAAAAAACCCUAAAAAAUUUACUAUCUUAAGUCCAAAAGCAAUUUCCAACUAUAAAUAAUAUUUCUGUGUUCACCUUCCCUCUGAGACCCAGUUAAACACUAACUAUAAAAUACAUUUACCAUAUACCAAUGCCACACAACCACAAAUGUAUUCUCUCUCUACAAAUGAGGUAUUAAUUAACUUAUUUAAUCAAAUUGCAAAGCUUUC